GUGAAGAUUAAAGGGCAAAGGUUGAAGGUGGCGGUGUUGUUCCUGUGUGUUGUGUGAGUGAGUGAGUGAGAGGAGGAGGUUUGUUUGGGUAGCUAUGGAGAUCACCAGGCAGAAUUUUAAGGAGCGCCUAAAUCUAAUAUAUGAAGCUAUUGACGAAGCUGAUUUUCUGGCAAUCGAUGGAGAAUUUUCAGGAAUAAGUGAUGGGCCUUCAGUGACCACACUGACAAAUGGCUUGGACACGCCAGAAGAAAGAUAUCAUAAGCUGAAAAAGCAUUCCAUGGACUUCCUGCUUUUUCAGUUUGGUCUUUGCACAUUUAAAUAUGAUGGUGCGGAGAACAGGCACAUAAUGAAGACCUUUAACUUCUACAUAUUUCCAAAACCACUUUCUAGAAAUUCACCUGAUGUUAAGUUUGUUUGCCAGAGUUCAAGUAUUGAUUUUCUUGCCAACCAAGGAUUUGACUUCAAUAAAGUCUUCCGAGAUGGAAUCCCAUACUUAAAUCGGGAAGAAGAAAGGCAACUUCGAGAGCAGUUAGAGGAAAAGCAUAAUCAGUCUAAUGGUACAGGAACACCGUCUUUCAUUUCGCCAAAUUCUACCAAAGGGCCCGUUGUUAUCCCAGAAGAACAUCGCAGUUUUAUUGAGAAAAUUGUGGAGAAGGUUGAAGACUUAUUAAAAGAUGAUGAUGAUGGUAGUAUUGAACUCGAUCCAUGUACUGGGUUCCAGCGAAAACUUAUUUAUCAGACCCUGAACUGGAAGUUUCCAAAAGGGGCUCAUGUAGAAACCUUGGAGAAUGAAAAGAAAGAGAGAUAUAUUGUAAUCAGUAAGCUGGAUGAUGAUGAACGCAGAAGGAGAGAAGAGCAAAAACGAGCUAAAGAACAGGAAGAAAUGAAUGAUGCUGUGGGGUUUUCCAAAGUAAUAUACGCCAUUUCAAAAUCGGGUAAACUGGUUGUUGGACAUAACAUGCUACUUGAUGUCAUGCAUACAAUUCAUCAGUUUUUCUGUCCAUUACCCAAUGAGUUAAAUGAAUUUAAAGAAGUUACAACAAGUGUUUUUACUAGGCUUCUAGAUACAAAACUCAUGGCAAGCACACAUCCUUUUAAGGAACUGAUAAUGAACACACCUCUUGCAGAGCUGGAAAAACGAUUAAAAGAUGCACCUUUCAGAGCUCCCAAAGUUGAAAGUGCGGAGGGUUUUCCGAGCUAUAACACUGCCUCGGAACAAUUACAUGAAGCAGGUUACGAUGCAUAUAUAACCGGCUUGUGUUUCAUCUCAAUGGCAAAUCAUCUAGGCUCAUUCCUUAGCCCUCCAGAAGUUUUUGUUCCUGCCAAAUCUAAACUGGUUGAACCUUUUAUUAACAAGCUGUUUCUAAUGAGAGUCAUUGACAUUCCCUAUCUGAAUCUGAGUGGGCCAGAUUUACAGCCAAAGAGGGACCAUGUUCUCCAUGUGCGUUUUCCAAAGGAGUGGAAGACCAGUGACCUAUACCAGCUUUUCAGUGCCUUUGGUAACAUCCAGGUGUCUUGGAUAGAUGAUACUUCAGCAUUUGUAGCAUUAAGCCAACGUGAGCAGGUACAAAUUGCUGUAAACACCAGCAGGUAUGCAGAGAGUUACCGAAUCCAGACAUAUGCAGAAUACAUUGAGAAAAAGCAGGAGGAGAAACAAACCAAGCGGAAAUGGACAGAGGAAAGCUGGCAGGAAGUGGAGAGGAAGAGGCUAAAGACCCACUAUGCCCCACAACCUUACUUUAACCAGAUGUUUGAUUUCAGCAGAACAAGUCCUCUUAUGGAAAAAAGAAGUAUGAGCCCUAUUCAGGAAGAGACAGUAUCUGAUGAAAUGGAAGGGGAUGAGGUUACAAGUAAAGAUGGUGACAGUCAUUAUUCGGCUAAUGCCUGGAUAGACUCUACAAUAUCAGAAACUAGGAAAAUCAAGAAACAGUGGCAGGAAAAGGAGGACCAUGGAAAAACUGGUAAGGGAUCUGCUGAAAUUUCCAAUUUGACGAAAGCCAUGGCAGUCUUAUUAAAACUGUCACUUGCAGCAGUGCUCCUCCUUUGGACAAGUGUUGCUGUUGACGUAUACUUCAGCUGAGGUAUUGAAUUUUUGGCAGGAAGCAGUGCAAAUUCACAGGCCACAUUGUUUGAAGUCCCAGAUACAUGGUGACAUGAAACACACAUGGGAUGAACAGUGGUAUCUUCCAGAUAAGUGACCAGAUGCAACACUUGCAAGCCAUACUGAUCCGAGAGCUCCAAUCUUCAUGUGGUACAAGACAACUUUAAAAAAAAACUUUGUGUAGAAAGUUUUAACUGUACAAACACAAGCCAAUGUCAUAUUAAGUGUUUUACUCAGUUUAUUUUGUGUUGUUAAGAAUGAGACGGGAUUUGACUUGCAUUUCAAAUCUUCUAUCAAUGUCAACAGUUUUAUGGGUUACAUGCAUUUCAAGCUAGUCUGGUACCACUAAUGGCUUAGAGCAGCAGCCAAUACUGGAAGUUGCCUUGUGCCAGCAACAUGAAAUGUUUAUUUCGGAUCGUAAAACAAUAUAAUCAUUGUUCAGCACUGUAAUUUUAUAUAAAUAUAUAUAUUAUAUACGUGUGUGUGUGUGUGUGUGUGUGUAUAUGCGUGUGCGCAUGUGUAUUACAGCAGCUGUAUUUCCGGUGAAUCCAAUGACUCAUUAUCAGUAAUGUGGUCUGACUUCAGCGUUCAGGUCAUUUUUUUUUUAAGGUAGUAUCAAAACAUUGUCACUGUCUUUGCAGUAAGGACAGUGACAGUGUAUUUGAGCGAUCCUUUCCUUUCAUUUGUGUUAUCUGGUGUGGACUGUACUGAGCUUUCAGCCUUGUAUGUCGGAAGAUGCAUUGUGCACCAGCCUUUAUUUGUAUGUAUGAAUGUGUGUAUGUAUGUGUGCAAAAGAGACUUGUUUACUUUUUUUGGGCAGUGGUGAGUUUUGUAUCAUAUUUAAAGUUUUUUGUAUCAUGAAGAAAAUUGAAAUUUCAUGAAGGAAAAUUAAAGACAACUUUCUUACUACAAGUGACAACUCUUUAUUUGCUUAAAGGUCUCUGCUUGUGACACAUGUUCAGAAGCAGCCAUGUAAAAGUGUAUACUGUUUUGAGAUGUAGGCAAGAUGCCUUCACUUGUGGGUGAGACCCGAACCGGGGAUCAUAAAUGUAAGAUGGACAGAUACUAAUUAGUCUAAAGGGGAUUUGAGGGGGAACAUCUUUACCCUUUUUUAUAUGUAAGCAGCUAUCACACUCUUAUCAUUCUUUUAGUAAUUGAUGCAGCUAACAUAGAUGUCCCCAAGGAGAAGCUCAAUAAACAUGAGGAAGAAAGGAACUGAAGAAUAUGUCAAUGAGAUCAAAUGAGUAAAGUGAGGAAGAGUUUUGUGUAAAAGCUUAA